GAUACCUGGAUUGGGAAAAACAGUGAUGUUGAGCUGGCAUGCAUUGGAAAUAAAUUGUGAAUGAUUGAAGACUUGGGGCCGAGCGGUGACAACAUGGCAGAUAGAAGGCAACUGUUUGUCGAGAUGAGGGCUCAAGAUCUGGACUCCAUACGAUUAUCGACAUACAGAACAGCCUGCAAACUCAGAUUUGUGCAGAAGAAAUGCAAUUUGCAUUUGGUUGACAUUUGGAACGUCAUUGAGGCUUUCCGAGAGAACGGCAUCAACACCAUGGACCUCAACGAGGAGCUCUCUGUUUCUCGUCUUGAAGUGGUACUGUCCACUAUUUUUUACCAGCUGAACAAGCGCAUGCCCACCACACACCAGAUAAACGUGGAACAGUCCAUCAGCCUGCUGCUCAACUUCCUGCUGGCAUCCUAUGACCCGGAGGGCCAGGGCAAGAUAUCUGUCUUUGUUGUGAAGAUGGCCCUGGCAACCAUCUGCGGAGGGAAAAUCCUGGAUAAAUUAAGAUAUAUCUUUUCCCAGAUAUCAGAUUCUGCUGGAAUAAUGGUCCACUCGCAGUUUGAUCAAUUUCUGAGGGAGGUGCUCAAAUUGCCCAUGGCGGUUUUUGAGGGACCUUCGUUUGGUUACACCGAACAAGCUGCAAGAACGUGCUUUACACAGCAGAAAAAGGUCACCCUCAAUACAUUCCUCGAUACGUUGAUGUCAGACCCGCCUCCUCAGUGUCUGGUGUGGAUACCGCUCAUGCAUCGCCUCGCCAACGUGGAGAACGUCUUUCACCCGGUCGAGUGCUCCUACUGCCACACUGAGAGUAUGAUGGGCUUCCGCUACCGCUGCCAGCAAUGUCAUAAUUACCAGCUCUGUCAGGACUGCUUCUGGAGGGGGCAUGCCAGCGGUUCCCAUAGCAACCAGCACCAAAUGAAGGAGUACACGUCAUGGAAAUCUCCCGCUAAGAAGCUAUCCCAUGCCCUCAGUAAGUCGCUGAGCUGUGCAUCCAGCAGAGAGCCGCUUCACCCCAUGUUUCCCGAAAUGCCAGAAAAACCUCUAAACCUCGCUCAUAUUGUAGAUACGUGGCCACCAAGACCAGUGAACAUCACCAAUGACUACUCGUUCUCCCACUCCAUGCCGACAUCAGGGAACCCUUACUCCACCAAAAACUUGCCUUACAGCAAGAAUUAUGAUGUUGAGCAAAGAAUGCCUUUGACUCAGGCUGCUCCACAUCUGUUUAAAGGGAGAGGGUUGAACUACAACCUUGAUGUUGCCGAUAGACUUGCAGACGAACAUGCUCUCAUUGGCCUCUAUGUGAACCUCCUCCAAAACAACCCCAGAACAUGUUUGCUGGAGAGUAACCAUCAAGAUGAAGAGCACAGCCUCAUCGCCCGCUAUGCUGCUAGACUGGCUGCUGAUGCCACGGCUCAACAGCAGCGGAUCCCCACAGACCUGCCCUGCUCUCUGGAUGCCAACAAACAGCAGAGGCAGCUCAUCGCCGAGCUCGAGAGCAAAAACAGAGAAAUCCUGCAGGAGAUCCAGCGGCUGCGUGUCCAGCAUGAGGAGGCCUCCCAGCCGCCACCGGACAGGGGUCAGCAGAACCCGACUCUUCUGGCUGAACUUCGACUUCUCAGGCAACGCAAAGAUGAGCUUGAACAAAGAAUGUCUAGUCUGCAGGAGAGUCGCAGGGAACUCAUGGUGCAGCUGGAGCAACUAAUGAUGCUUCUCAAGCUGGAGGAGGAACGGAAACGAGCUACUCAGGGCCCCGGCUCUCCGCGCUCUUCCCCCAGCCACACCAUCAGCCGGCAGAUCCCCACACCAAUCCACUCGGACUCUGCCGGCACGACCCCAACUCACACACCUCAGGACUCGCUCAUGGGCGUGGGGGGGGAUGUUCAGGAGGCCUUCGCUCAGGGUCCAAGGAGAAAUUUGAGAAAUGAUCUACUCAUUGCUGCUGACUCCAUCACCAACACAAUGUCAUCGCUGGUUAAGGAACUCAAUUCAGAGGGUGGAAGUGAGACCGAGAGCACUGCGGAUUCAGACUUUGGACGUUCUGACUUGUUGGCGACAACCUCUUCAGAUCCCUUCCUCAUAUAUAAAUCAAGGAGUGCCAGCGCUGCAGACGAGCGCUUCGAGAACGAUCUGGAGCAGCAGCUGGAGGACGAGCUCACGCUGGACGAGCUAAUGAAGCACAGGCAGGAACCAGACAAAGCGUGCAUGGUGACGCUGCAGCAGUGACCGUGUUAGUCCAGGUGACUGGUGAGCAAUAUGAAAGGCAACAAUAGUAGAAGACACUGGACGAGGCGACACUGGGCCGACGGUACGGAGCACUGAAGACGUGAAGAAUUUAAGUUGAAUAAAAGGCUGAAUCCAACCAUAGAAUACAUUUAUGUAAAGAUAUAUUUUUAAACCAACCACAUAUUUAAGGUAAUACUGUGAGCUGAUGUAAAGAGAUUAAUUAGUGAGCUGUCUAUUACACCACAGGUGCCAUAAAAAAACAUGACUUUGGGGAAUUAUUUCUUAAUUUUUUUGGCCUUUUUAUGAGUUGUCUACUACAUGGUUAGUUCAAAUCUGAUUCUUUCAAAUGUUCGUGUUCCUGCAAACAGUG